AUGGGAACUGUGCCACUACCUGAUGGUGUGAAUGUGGUCGGCACAAAGUGGAUCUUCAAGAACAAGACAGAUGAUGCUGGCAUUGUACGAAACAAGUCAAGACUUGUUGCGCAAGGUUACUCACAAGUUGAAGGAGUCGACUUUGAUGAAACCUUUGCCCCUGUAGCACGUCUUGAGUCUAUCAGACUGCUACGUCAGAGGAACUGUGGACAAAACUUGUUCACACUUGAGAAGAAGAAUGAGAUGAUGAUGGUGCAGAUCUAUGUAGAUGAUAUCAUCUUUGGAGGAACUUCAGAGAAGCUGGUGGAAAACUUUGUGAAGAGUAUGACUAAGGAGUUCAAGAUGAGCAUGGUGGGAGAAUUGAAGUACUUUCUUGGACUUCAAGUGAAUCAGACUGAGAAAGGAAUCUUUAUUUCUCAAAGCACCUAUGCCAAGAAUCUACUGGUGAAGUUUGGUCUUGACAAAUGCAAGGAGGCAAGAACACCAAUGAGCACCACGACAAAGAUUGGAAAGGAUGAACAAGGAGAAGAUGUUGAUGUGAAGCUCUACAGAGGAAUGAUUGGAAGCUUGCUUUACCUUACAGCAAGUCGGCCUGACUUAAGCUUCAGCGUUGGGUGUGUGUGCUCGCUAUCAGGCCAAACCAAAACAGUCCCAUCUUCAAGCGGUGAAGAAGAUCUUGAGGAUGCGCAGAUGAUCGGAAAAGCACAAGUGGAGGUUGUUUCUUCCUUGGGAACAAUCUUAUUGCUUGGCUUAGCAAGAAGCAGAAUUCUGUGUCACUAUCUACUGCAGAGGCUGAGUACAUUGCAUUGGGAAGCUGCUGCACACAGCUUAUAUGGAUGA